AUGACGUCCAACGACUUUGCUCUGGCUCAGCAACGGCUUGCCGUCCGGCGACAAGCACGAGAGCGUGAAGCUCAAUCCCGUAUUACCGCCGAGCGAAAAGCCUCACGAGCCGCACAGCAACUCGGCCGAUUACCAUCCCCCAUUGCGCGUCUUGGUCAAGCUGGACUUACGACAUGGGAUAACAUAAGGGGCCGAGAUGGGACGCGGCCUGAAUUCAGGGUGGGACAGGUGGACGCAGAGCUCCUAGACGAGGAGCUGCUGGACUUGUUGAAGGGGCAGGUCGGGGAAGCUCUCAAAUAUUUUGGUUCUCAUAUUCAGGAUGAUUGGUCUGCGGAGAUUAUGCUUGCGCUGAGGGCGGUGUUGUUCAAGCUCACAAUAUGGGACCACGAUGCAACGUACGGUGCAGCCUUGCAAAAUCUAAAAUUCACGGAUGCCAGGAGGAAGGGCACGGUACUCGUCUCGCCAUCGAAGUGGCAGAAAGCGCUAUAUGGACUUUUCACCGUCGGAGGGAAAUAUGCUUGGACGAGGUGGGAAAAUUGGCUGGUUGAUAAUGAUAAUGGUUAUGAUGAGCCGAGUCCGACGCUCCGGAAACUAUCCGGAUUAUCAGACACCAUCUCGACUAUACACUCCACCGCAGCAUUUGCGUCCUUUCUAGUAUUCCUGGUGAAUGGAAGAUAUCGGACACUGCUCGAUAGGACUCUUAGGCUACGGCUAACUCCUAGGACGAGCCAAGUAAGCCGUGAGGUAUCAUUUGAAUAUUUAAACCGACAAUUGGUCUGGCAUGCCUUUACAGAAUUCCUCCUCUUUGUUUUACCGCUCGUUGGCAUAAGUAGGUGGAGGAGAUGGCUCGCGAGGGUUUGGAGAAAGACAAAAUCGGUCAUGCGCAGCGGUGGUGAAGAGGAGGACGACGUCAAAGCCGGCGAGCUUGCGUUCUUGCCGGAAAGAACUUGCGCUAUAUGCUAUCACGACCAGAACGCUGCGGCUACGUCCGAAGCAGAUAUUGUUGCAGCAGCUGGAGCGUCUGGAGUUAUAGGCUCUGCUCAAACAGACAUCACGAAUCCAUACGAGACGAUACCAUGUGGGUGUAUAUACUGCUUCGUAUGCAUCGCCAGCCGUCUAGAGGUAGAAGAGGGCGAGGGAUGGACUUGCUUAAGGUGCGGCGAAGAAGUCAAGGAAUGCAAGCCUUGGAGCGGGGAUGUUAUUGAGGAGGUCGAGAGGACAGCAACCACCUCCAAGACCGUCGGGUUCAAGGAUCAAACUACAGAACUAGCUCAGGUUGAACCUCGACCUACUGAGGAAUUAACCGCGGAUGAAAAUGAGCAGUCCGAAAAAGAUGACGGAUCAUCAUCAGCCUCAGAAUUAGGGGAUUCAGAGGCCUAUGAUGAGGAAGGGGAGGGUGAAAUAGAGUAUGAAGAUUAA